AUGGGCGCAAGCGUCGGCGCAGGAGUAGGGGGUGGAAUCGACGUGGGGGCUGGGCGUGGAUUGGGCAUAGGUGGGGGAUUCGGAGGUGGAGUGGGUGGAAGCGUGGGAUUUGGUGGUGGACCAGGCGGUGGUAUUCGAGCUGGUGGAGGGAUUGGAGUUGGCGGUGAUGGUGAUGAUAGCUCACGUGGCGGUAUGGGUGGUGGACCAGGCGGUGGUUUUCGAGCUGGUGGAGGGAUUGGAGUUGGGGGUGAUGGUGAUGGUAAUGGUAGCUCACGUGGCGGUUUGGGUGGUGAGGUCGUUGGAGGAUCCCCUUGA